GUCACCUUCCAUAUCCGACCAUAAAAAAUCUAGCUCAGACAGUGAUGAACACUCUGCCGAUUACAGUAUCUGGCUUCACCGUACUACCUGUGACUUACCAAAAAUCAACGCACAUCAUAUAUGCACGUCCACACGCUGUAUCUAAAUCAGCUAAAAGCAAGAACAGAAACCUACCAGACGGGCGAACACUAUUCCUAGUCAAUGUACCACCGGAUGCCUCCGAACGCGAGAUAUCUUUGCUAUUCAAAAGUUGUGGGACAGUGGAGAGGGUGGUUUUUGACCACAGCCCAGAGGAAGAAUUGAGGAAUGAGGAGAGCGAUAGCGAUAGCGAAGUCGCAGAAGAGGAUGUUGAGAUUCAGGACGCCGAAGGCCAACCAGAGGAACAGCCUCGUAAAAAGCGGAAAGUCUCCAAAGAAAAGCAACCCAAAGCACCAACAGUUACACCACUCUCAACUACGCAACUCCGUACACUCCGAAACACAGGCGGAUGUGCACAUGUUAUUUUUCUUGACUCAUCUGCCCUUGACAAGGCCAUCUCAGGGCCUAUCAAACCGAAAUCAUGGCCUACAUCGGAAGAGCCGCGGGGAUUAACGCACUAUAUGGCGUUGCAUGAUUCAUGUCGGCCGCCUCUUGACACUGUGAGAGCGCAUGCUGACAGUGCGAUCGAACUCUACGACUACGAACAAGCAAAGAACAAGCAACAAGCGGCGUAUCGCAAGGGCGAGGCUGUCGUCGACGAAGAUGGAUUCACCUUGGUCACUCGCGGAGGUGCUUAUGGACAGACGCUUGGUGGAGGUGUCGGGGUUGCGAACAAGAAAUUCCAGGAGACAGGGAAAAUGAACAAUCGAAAAAAGAAGGAGGGCAAAGAGAAAGAGUCAUUCUACGCUUUCCAGAAGGCAGAGAAACAACGCAAAGCGAUUGUGGAUAUCAAAAAGAACUGGGAGGCAGACAAAGCCCGAAUAGAAAAACUAAAGGAGUCUCGAAAGUACAAACCUUACUAGUACAUUUACCUGUUACCACAACGUGUUCCCUCCAAGUCAGGUCAUCGUUAUACACCAAGUUAUCCAGAAGUAGUCUCAGAAAGCGUUGCAGCAAAAUAAGAUUCGAUAUCUAUGUCAUAAUC